CCUGUGCCACUAACCCCACUCUUUGCCGCCAUCGAAGCCCACAGGAGCGAUGGACGAGGAACAGUGCAAUGUCUCACUCCCAAAACUAGUGUCGUGGCAGCUAUGGGGUCACCGGUGCAGAGAGGCCCUCGUCCUAGCACAAGUCCAGUUCUGCUCUCCACACCACUGUUAAUCCCGACGAGCCCUACGCGCGCCAGUGGGACUGUCUCAGCGUCAGGACUUCAGUGCAAUCACUGCCUAAAAAACCCAGCGGGCUGGCCGAGCUCACAGGAGGCCGCUUCGGAGAGGGGGUUGCAUUAGACGCACACAGUCUGAGAGCCUUAACAAAUCCUAGCUGUUUUUCUUUCCUCCUCCCAACUGUUGAUAUAACUUGCUCUGCUGCAGAGACUUCUUGCCACACAAGCGCGUGACCCUCCAAGAAGCCGGUCUGCAGAAGAGGGUGAGAAACUGGGACAGCCCCAGCUCCAGAAGUUAACCCAAGAGGUCAGUGAGCAGACAGCCCCUCGUAGCGUCCGGGACGGCUACAGCUAGCUCAGCAAGGGGGAACAAUUGCAGCUGCUUGGACAAGGGGGUUUGGUGACACAUUUUUGACUCAUUGCCAAAAAAACAGAAACCGGAAAAGGGUUAGGACAAAUACCAACAACACGGUGGGCCCAGGGGGAGCCUGAAAUAGCCCCCCACACACCGUCAUGGAGCUGAAAAUUUCUUUCCACCUGGUUCGGAUGGAACAUCUGCAAGCAGCUGGAUCGGAGGUGUUGCUCAGACACCCGCGUGCCCGUGCUGGCCUGGGAACGGUCCAAACCUCCCCAAGACCUGCAAAGCGAAGGGAGAGUGAUAAGGCCCAGACACGGCCCUCUGCUUUGUGAAAGGCGAGGUCGGCGGGGAAUGGGAGGCGGUGGGCGUCUGUCAUAUGCAACCUCGGUGAAUCAGCUUCCUGCGCUGCUUCGACAGAGGGGUGUGGGCUGCGUAGCCGAAGGGGUUAACAGCUGGGGCACGGCCAGACCGGGUUGGGAGCCAACAUGUGAUUGCAGGUGGAGCGAGGUGGAGCUAUGAAUCACUCUCUCUUUUCCUCUUUACACUUCUGGUGGUUAGUUACCUGCCCUGCUCCUGCCUCCUGGAAAGAGGAAGGGUCCGGCUGCCAGCCAGGGCAAUCCAGGAGAGACCGGCCGGCGGGCAGCAGCUGGCUGCGGGGAAACUGCGCCGCUGACCCCACGACCGGCGCGGAGGCGACUAAAAGAGAGAAGCAGAUGGAGAAGACCCUGGUGCCUGCCGGAUUCCUGGGGUUUUAAGCUCAGUUGCUUUGUGUUUUAUUCCUUAUUCACACACGUGUGACGGGGCAGGCAGAGCGGGCCGUGAAUCCAGCAGCAGAAGAUCCAGGGGGUUUCUUUGAAGCCUCUCGCUGGGCUCCUAGGAUUGAAGACUCGGGAGCCCAGAGCAGAGUCGGCUUUGCUCUACGCCCAGGCUCCUCUGGCCAGGGAGACCUGAUGAGCAAACGGGAAGCAGACUCAGUAUCUGGAAACAACCCAACCGGCAAAAGACUGGAGACAGUGCGCGGGGAGCGCGUUCCCGGAGGAGAGCGCAGGGGGCACCUGGAGCCCUGUGCUUAGAUCGGGGAGGGGAGAGAAGAGGAAGCGAGGGCCAGAAAUUCGUUACCUCCUCAUUUACUGCGGGGUGCCGGGUUCGGCACCUGGCGAGCUCUCUUCUGGGGUCCCGGCGGGUCCGGCACUGAGGGCUGACAACCAUGGCCUUCUCCCAGGUGCAGUGUCUGGAUGACAGCCACGUCAACUGGAGGUCCAGCGAGUCCAAGCCCGAGUUCUUCUACAGUGAGGAGCAGAGGCUGGCCCUGGAAGCGCUGGUCUCCCGGGGGCCAGAGGCUUUCUAUGAGGUCCUCAAGAAGGAGAACAUCAGGGACUUCCUCUCCGAACUGGAGCUGAAACGGAUCACGGAGACCUUGGAAAUCUAUGACCCAGGCUCCGAGUACAUCUCACGGCGCAGCAGCACCCCGGGGGACAGCGAAGGCGACCCCAACAGCCAGGGGGACGAGCAGGACAUGGCGCCGUCCUUGGAGUACUGGCCGCAGAGGUCCGACCGCUCCAUCCCGCAGCUGGACUUAGGCUGGCCGGAGAGCUUUGCCUACCGGGGUGUCACUAGAGCCACCGUGUACAUGCAGCCGCCCAUCGACGGGCAGGCGCACAUCAAGGAGGUGGUGCGGAAGAUGAUCUUCCAGGCACAGAAGGUGAUCGGUGUGGUCAUGGACAUGUUCACCGACGUGGACAUCUUCAAGGACCUACUGGAGGCAGGCUUCAGGCGCAAGGUGGCCAUCUACAUCAUCGUGGAUGAGACCAACGUGAAGUACUUCCUUCAGAUGUGCGAGCGGGCGCAAAUGCACGCUGGGCAUCUCAAGCAUCUCCGUGUUCGAAGCACUGGGGGAACCGAGUUCUUCACCCGAUCGGCCACCAAGUUCAAAGGUGCCUUGGCCCAGAAGUUCAUGUUCGUGGAUGGGGACCGAGCCAUGUGUGGAUCCUACAGCUUUACCUGGUCGGCAGCAAGGACAGACAGGAACGUCAUCACGGUGCUCUCUGGCCAAGUGGUGGAAGCGUUCGACAAGCAGUUUCAGGAGCUGUACCUCCUGUCCCGGGGGCUCAGCCUGAAAUCCAUCCCCGUGGCAGAGGAGCCCGAGCCUGAGCCAGUGGCACUACCUACUGCUUCACCGGUGACUCCUGCCAGUGCCGUGGUGAAGAAGCUGAUUAACCCCAAAUAUGCCUUGGUGAAGGCCAAGAGUGCAGAUCAGAUCACCAAGCUAUCCUCCGCGAAACAGGCGGCCGACGGCCAAAACCAGGCGGCCGGCAGCAAAAGCAAGGCCCUUCCUGGGGCCCACACAGCUGCUGAGCAGCAAAGUGACGUGAUGGAGCCAGCUCCACCCAUCCACCCCGGCCUCCUGAACCUGGAGAAAGCCAACAUGUUCGACUACCUGCCCACCUGGGUUGAGCCCGACCCAGAGCCAGGCAGUGAAGUCCUGGGCUACAUCAACAUCUUCGACCCCAAGAUCAAGAACGUGAAGCUGUCCCAGAUGAACCGCAUCAAGGUGUGUGAUGUGGCCCAGGCCAAUGCCCAGCACAGGCAGAUGAUGAAAAGCAAGGAGCUGAAAGGCAACAAGAGCCACGGCCACGAGUCUGCUCCAACCCCAAAGGAGGUGGCUCCAGUCCCAAUGGCGAGAGCCCCCAUGCCUGGGACACGUCUGGAUGCGAAGGCUACUGAGAAGAAGGCAGGAGGUCCUUUUGCCACCCUGGCUGUGGGCCAGCAUCUGAGGCCACCUGAGACCCAUGGCAUGGAUGCGAGACCCCCUGUCCCAAAGCCAAGGACUGCCCUUGUCAAGGACUCGACCACAAAAUACGAUGCGCUCUGCAGCAAUAGGGAAGAGGGCAGGGGGCAGCCCCAGCCCACAGAGGCACAGGAGGGACAUGCUGACCACGAGCCGCGUGGUAAUUGCCCAAUAGCUCACACCAAGGCCACCCACCACCCGCAGUCCCCGCCUGCUGCCUGCACCCAGAAUGGGCUGGGAGGGGACGAGGAUGAGGGCGACGAGUACAUGACAUUCAGUGACCACAGCUGCUCCGAGAGCUCGGCUGGGCUCAGCGGCCGCUGCUCCUUUGCCUCGUCCACCUCCGGAGAGUACUUUGAAGUGAGGGACCGCUUUGGACCGCUACGGAGGACCAACUCUGAUGUCAUCCCCAAUGGCAUCGUCACCCACCUGCCCAGGAAACUGAGCGACCCCCACAUCAGCCGGGGCACCUUCGUCAGCCCCCUGGGCAGCUUACCGUCGGCCAAGAACCUCAGCUUAGAAGACAUGUCUGCGAAGUGGAAAAAGGCCGUGGAGGAGAUUAGGUGUGUGUUAAGAAGGGGCAGUAGCCUGCAUCCAACACUGGAUGGCCAUGGCCCCUAUGCUAGCAAUGCCAUGCAGGGACCACACCUCUUCCCCUACAGAUCCAGAAACCCGGCAUGCACAGGACGGGGCAAGGAGAGCAUCCCCUCGACGAGACAGGAGAAAACUCCAGGAGCCAGCAAAGGACCUGAGGUUGAAAAGACCCCUGCGGCCCCAGGCAACCGGCUGUACUGGCAAAGCAAACGCUUCGGCUCCAGCAACAACCACCUCUCUCAAAGCCACCCCAGAGGCACUGGCAAAACCCUGCCCUUGCUCCCAGGAUGCCAGAGGAUGGAGGAUGAAGUGAGGACUCCCCUUGGCAUCCCCUUAUCCAAACUGUCGCAGACCAAGCACCUCAAGAACAGGGCAGGGGGAGGCCCGUGGGCUGCCACUGACCCCAAGCAGAAGCCCCAAGGGACUAGGAGCCACAAGAACAAGUAGGUAGCAUCGAGUGGACCAUCUAGUGCAAGUAUUUCAAAGCCUGGCACCGGGGGCACGGCCUGCAGAGGGGUGCCGCGUUACAU